AAGAGGACUGGAGCGUAGCGGCGGCGACCGGGUGGCGGGGGUGAACGGGGCCGGCGGGACUGGACAGCGACUGGACCGAGACGCGCUCCGGCUCGAGCCCUCCCCCCAACCUCGGAGCCCAGCGCUGCCUCCGGGAUGGGCCCUCCGCGGCACCCCCAGCCCGGCGAUAUGGAAGCAGGAGGUGCGGGUGGCGGGCGGCGGCUGCAGGUGGAAAUGAGUUCUCAGCAGUUUCCUCGGUUAGGAACCCCCUCCACUGGGCUAAGCCAAGCCCCUUCACAGAUUGCAAACAGUGGUUCAACAGGAUUGAUAAACCCAGCUGCUACAGUCAAUGAAGAAUCUAGUCGAGAUGCUGAAGUCACUGCCAGGGAACACAUGAGUGGUUCUAGCAGCUCCCUACAGUCCCGAGAAGAGAAGCAAGAGCCUGUAGUGGUAAGGCCUUAUCCACAGGUGCAGAUGUUGUCUACACACCAUGCUGUUGCAUCGGGCACCCCUGUCACAGUGACAGCCCCACCAGCACAUCUGACGCCAGCAGUGCCACUCUCAUUUUCGGAGGGACUUAUGAAGCCACCCCCGAAGCCCACCAUGCCUAGCCGUCCCAUUGCUCCUGCUCCACCUUCUACCUUGUCACUUCCCCCCAAGGUUCCAGGGCAGGUUACCGUUACCAUGGAGAGUAGCAUCCCUCAAGCUUCAGCCAUUCCUGUGGCAACAAUCAGUGGACAACAGGGACAUCCCAGCAACUUGCAUCAUAUCAUGACCACAAAUGUACAGAUGUCUAUUAUUCGUAGCAAUGCUCCUGGGCCCCCGCUUCAUAUCGGAGCUUCUCAUUUACCUCGAGGUGCAGCUGCUGCUGCUGUGAUGUCCAGUUCUAAAGUAACCACGGUCCUAAGGCCGACUUCCCAGUUGCCAAACGCUGCUACAGCUCAACCAGCAGUGCAGCACAUAAUUCACCAACCAAUCCAGUCUCGUCCACCAGUGACCACCUCUAAUACCAUCCCUCCUGCUGUGGUAGCAACUGUUUCAGCCACCAGAGCCCAGUCUCCAGUCAUUACUACAACAGCAGCACAUGCUUCUGAUUCAGCACUUAGUCGGCCAACAUUGUCGAUCCAGCAUCCGCCAUCUGCAGCAAUUAGUAUUCAGCGUCCUGCUCAGUCACGGGAUGUAACAACAAGAAUCACACUACCAUCUCACCCUGCAUUGGGGACGCCAAAACAGCAACUUCAUACCAUGGCACAGAAAACCAUCUUCAGUACUGGCACACCAGUCGCUGCAGCAACAGUAGCUCCUAUUUUGGCAACUAAUACCAUACCUUCAGCAACCACAGCUGGAUCUGUGUCACACACACAGGCUCCCACAAGUACAAUUGUUACCAUGACAAUGCCCUCACAUUCAUCCCAUGCUACUGCUGUGACCACUUCCAAUAUCCCAGUUGCUAAGGUGGUGCCUCAACAGAUCACCCACACUUCUCCUCGGAUCCAGCCUGAUUACCCCGCUGAGAGGAGUAGCCUGAUUCCCAUCUCGGGACAUCGGGCCUCUCCAAAUCCUGUGGCCAUGGAAACCCGAAGUGACAAUAGACCAUCUGUUCCUGUUCAGUUCCAAUACUUUUUGCCAACAUACCCACCUUCUGCAUACCCACUGGCAGCACACACCUACACCCCAAUCACCAGUUCCGUGUCCACCAUUCGACAGUACCCAGUUUCAGCUCAGGCUCCAACCUCUGCCAUCACAGCUCAGACUGGUGUCGGGGUGGCAUCGACAGUCCACCUAAACCCCAUGCAGUUGAUGACAGUAGAUGCAUCUCACGCUCGACAUAUCCAAGGGAUCCAACCAGCACCUAUCAACACACAGGGAAUACAGCCAGCCCCCAUCGGGACCCCAGGAAUACAGCCAGCUCCAAUUGGCACACAGGGAAUACACUCAGCAACCCCAAUCAGCACGCAAGGACUUCAGCCUGCACCACUGGGUUCUCAACAGCCUCAACCGGAAGGAAAGACUUCAGCAGUGGUAUUGGCUGAUGGAGCCACAAUUGUAGCCAACCCUAUUAGCAAUCCAUUCAGUGCUGCUCCUGCAGCAACAACUGUGGUGCAGACCCACAGCCAGAGUGCUAGCAGCAGUGCUCCAGCCCAGGGCUCAUCCCCCCGGCCAAGUAUACUCCGGAAGAAACCUGCCACGGAUGGAAUGGCAGUUCGUAAAACCCUCAUUCCUCCUCAGCCUCCUGAAGUGGCUAGUCCUCGAGUGGAGAGCUCUGUGCGGAGUACAUCUGGGUCACCUAGGCCUGCAGGUGCCAAACCUAAGUCAGAAAUCCACGUAUCGAUGGCCACUCCAGUCACUGUGUCCAUGGAGACUGUGUCCAAUCAAAAUAAUGAUCAGCCCACCAUUGCAGUCCCUCCCACCACUCAGCAGCCUCCACCAACUAUUCCAACCAUGAUCGCAGCAAGUCCCCCAUCACAACCAGCAGUCGCCCUUUCAACCAUUCCUGGGGCAGUUCCCAUCACUCCCCCAAUCACUACCAUUGCAGCUGCCCCACCACCAUCAGCAGUUGUGGGUGGCAGUCUCUCCUCUGUUUUGGGGCCUCCUCUACCUGACAUAAAAGUAAAAGAAGAAGUGGAACCAAUGGACAUCAUGAGGCCAGUUUCUGCAGUUCCUCCGCUGGCUACCAACACUGUGUCUCCAUCUCUUGCGUUGCUGGCUAACAACCUCUCCAUGCCUACAAGUGACUUACCACCUGGUGCCUCCCCAAGAAAAAAGCCUCGAAAGCAACAGCAUGUGAUUUCAACAGAAGAAGGAGAUAUGAUGGAAACCAACAGCACUGAUGAUGAGAAGUCCACUGCCAAGAGUCUUUUGGCAAAGGCUGAGAAGCGCAAAUCUCCUCCCAAGGAGUAUAUUGAUGAGGAAGGUGUGAGGUAUGUCCCAGUACGUCCAAGACCUCCCAUUACUUUGCUGCGUCACUAUCGGAACCCCUGGAAAGCUGCUUACCACCACUUUCAGCGGUACAGUGAUGUCCGGGUCAAAGAGGAGAAGAAAGCUAUGCUGCAGGAAAUAGCUAAUCAGAAAGGAGUAUCCUGUCGUGCCCAAGGCUGGAAAGUCCACCUCUGUGCUGCCCAGUUGCUACAGCUGACUAAUCUAGAACAUGAUGUUUAUGAAAGACUCACCAACCUGCAGGAAGGGAUUAUCCCAAAGAAAAAAGCAGCAACUGAUGAUGAUCUACACCGAAUAAGUGAACUAAUACAGGGAAACAUGCAGCGGUGUAAACUUGUCAUGGAUCAAAUCAGUGAAGCCAGAGACUCCAUGCUUAAGGUUUUAGAUCAUAAAGAUCGUGUCCUGAAGCUUUUAAACAAGAAUGGGACUGUCAAGAAGGUGUCAAAAUUGAAGCGAAAGGAAAAAGUUUAGACUCAGAAGAAUCAGGACUUUGGAAACAGAACUAUGAAGAAUGAUGUUGGGAAUGGGGGAGGGUUUUGGUUAUUUUCAAAGUGGAACAUUGAAAUAAAGGAAGCAUUUCACACAUGAAAGCAGAGUGACCCAUGGCAUCAAGUGGCACAGAAAGAUCAGGGUGAAGUGACUGAGUGAAGUCCAUUCUCUUUGGCGCUUCCCUCACAACCCUACUGUGUCAUGAUGGCUCCUGGCGCGUCUGUGUCCGACAGUUGGAAUCAGUGACAGCGAAUGGCUGGCAUUUUCAGCUUUCCAGUUCCUGAGCUGUAUUUAUCUGCUGGAGUCCUGCAGGACCCAUGCUGAGCCCGGACUGAAAGUGUGCACUUGGACCAUCUGUUAUCUCUACACUGAAAACCCAAACUCUUCUCCCCACCUUCUUCUGUCUGACCUUCAAAUGCUCACGCUGGCCUUUUUCAGCAGUGCCAUGGCACCCAGAGACCUGCCACAUCUCACUCUCUAAAGGGGUUGAACUACCAGUUCUUGUCAUUUUUUUAAAGAACCAUUUCAAGGUGAAAUUGUUCUUGUCUGUCCCGCGUGUGUCAGGUUGGGUUUUGUGGUGGCAGAGCAGGUCCCACCAUAGCUGCUCUGAGACCCUUGUUCUGAAGUACAUUCGGGUUAUCUGUACUUCCCUAGCUGGUAUGACGCUGUUAACGUAUGUACCGCACAUCUCCAGAUGUUAAUAAAGGACUCGAAGAGGUUUUUGUACAUGA